ACUCCCCUCACCCCCGUCCCCUGGGCUUCGCCGCCCUUUCUUUUUCCUGGGCCCGCGCAGCCCGCGGGGUGUGCAGACAAGGCUGCGUGUGCGCGCAGCAUCGCCCACGGGCGGCCUCUCUCCUCUCCUUGCCCAGCGCAGCUCCGCGCCGCCCUCGCGGCCGACUCGCCGGAUUCGGACCCUCCGGGCGCCGCGGAGGCUCGUUACCCACCUCAGCGCCCUCUGCGGCCCCACCCCCGGCAUGUGGCUCCUGGAGAAGGCGGGCUACAGGGUGGGCACCGCAGAGCCGCGGGCCCGCUGGGCGCCCUCCAGCCUGUUCCCUAAGCGCCGCGGCCCGGCGCCCGCGAUGCGCGCCUGCCCCAACGUCCUCACGCCGGAUCGCAUCCCGCAGUUCUGCAUCCCGCCUCGGCUUCCGGACCCAGGCGGCGCCGAGCCCCACGCCGGGCGCGACGCGUGCGUCCGUGGCCUCCCCGCCGCCUGCUCGCUGCCGCACCUGGCGGGCCGCGAAGGCCUGGCCUUCCUGCCCGAGAGCCCGCACACGCGACGGCGCGAGUCGCUGUUCCACUCGCCGCCGCCUGCGCCGGCUGCGGGGCUGUCCCCGGCGCAGGCCCGGCUGCACGUGUCCGCCCCAGACCUGCGCCUCUGCCGGGCCCCCGACAGCGACACGGCCUCGUCGCCCGACUCGUCGCCCUUCGGCUCCCCGCGGCCCGGCCCCGGCCGGCACCGGCUGCCCUCGCUGUCCCCCGGGGCCAGCUCAGCGGACACCAGCCCGUACGCGCCGCGCCGCGCGGGGCCGCCCACGCCGCCGCUCUUCCACCUGGACUUCCUGUGCUGCCAGCUGCGGCCCACCAAGGAGAGCGUGCUGCGCCUGGAGCCGCGCGGCGGCCAGCUGCGCCUCUCCGCCGAGUACCAGGCCGGGCCCGCGCGGCUGCGCCUGCGCCUGGUCAGCGCCGAGGGCCUGCCCCGGCCGCGGUCCGGCCCCGGCAGCGGCGGCGGCGGCUGCUGCGUGGUGCUGCGGCUGCGUCCCCGCGUCCGGCCGCGGGCCCAGCGGAGCCGCGUGGUCAAGUGCAGCGCCAACCCCAUCUUCAACGAGGACUUCUUCUUCGACGGGCUGGGUCCACCAGACCUGGCCACCCGCACCCUGAGGGCCAAGGUGCUGGACAGGGGCGCGGGGCUCCGCAGGGAUGUGCUGCUGGGGGAGUGCGAGACGCCCCUUAUCGUCCUGCUGCCCCCCUUGGGUGGGGGGCUAGGUCCAGGGUCCUCGCUGGCGCCCACCCAUCUCAGCCUGUAGACGGGGAGGGGAGGUGGGAAGGGGAGCCUUCCUCCAGGGAUCUCCAACGCGUCCUCCAGGGAUCUCCACCGCGUCCGCGGCCCUCAUUCCACUCCACCUGCCGGCGUGUAUUUAUUUUUGCUAAUAAAAUGCCGAUUUGUCGCUAGCCGGAUCUCUCCCCGGGUGAGUGCCUCCCA